AAGUCUGAAUUGGAAUAGGCGAAUAGUUAGUUGCGCGUUAGAAAAUGCCAUAAAAUUUCAAUUUGAAUAGAUUGAAUAUCAAUUGAUUCUUUUUACGGGUAGCUUUGGCAGGCGUCAUGUGAUGUGGUUUAAUAGUGUGUGUUGACAUAAAACAAAUGAUAAAGGAAUACUAUAGUGCAUUCAAACAACAGCGGCUACCAGCAUGGCAACCUAUAUUAACUGCAGGAACUGUCCUGCCAACAUUCUUCAUUAUUGGAAUAGCUUUUAUUCCCGUUGGUAUCGGCCUCCUCUAUUUUUCAGAUGAAGUGAAAGAACAUGUGAUUGAUUACACAGAUUGUUACAUGACCACUGGAACUAACAAGAGCUGGACAACGACAAAUGAAACCUGUGCUAGCAUUAUUCAUAACAAUACAAAUCAAGAAUGUAUCUGUAGAGUGAAUUUCAUUCUUGAUAAGGACUUUGAGGGUAAAGUUUUUAUGUAUUAUGGUCUGAGUAACUAUUACCAAAACCAUCGUCGAUAUGUUAAAUCUAGAGAUGAUAAUCAAUUACUUGGAAGAUUGGAUGCUGAUCCUUCAGGUGACUGUGUCCCAUUUGCUUAUGUUAAUCGAAGCAACAACUCGAAAAGACCCAUUGCACCCUGUGGAGCCAUAGCUAACUCUAUGUUCAAUGAUAAACUCACCUUAGAAAUGUGGGAAAAUGCUGAGAAGCAACCAAUAGAUGUUCCCUUGCUCAGGACACAAAUUGCCUGGGAAUCUGACAAAAAAAUUAAAUUUCGUAAUCCGGAAGGUGACUUGAAGAAAGCCCUUUCAAAUUUUGAGAAACCCAUAGCAUGGAAAAAACCAAUAUAUGAACUUGACUUGGAGAAUCCUGACAAUAAUGGCUUCCAAAACGAAGAUUUCAUAGUUUGGAUGAGGACCGCUGCAUUGCCAAAUUUCAGGAAACUUUAUCGUAGAAUAGAUCAUACUAGGGAUAAAUUCGCUCAUGGAUUAGUGAAAGGAAAUUACACUUUAAUAGUUGAAUAUAAUUAUGAUGUGAGCACCUUUGCUGGAUCGAAAAAAAUGAUUCUAAGCACCACAUCCUUGCUGGGUGGUAAAAAUCCUUUCCUAGGUAUAGCUUACAUCGUAACAGGCUGUGUCUGCCUUCUAUUGGGCAUUGCCUUACUCUUCAUUCAUAUCAAAUGUGGUAAGAGCACCAGCGAAAUGAUAAAUGUUAAUCCAAGGACACCUUAUCAGUAAUAGAUUUUAUGUCAAAUUUGUUCUUAGAAGAAACUGAAUUGAUUUUGUUUAUUUUUAGGCAAGAAAGUUUUUUAUUUCCGGUAACGUGAGAUGUAUGUAAUCUGAAAUGCCAAAUAGUUUUAACAUUUGGUGCUUUCCUAAUAUAGUUGACACAAAGUGGCCUUCAA